CAGACGCGCGAGCGCAGGGAGCGGGUCCGUGGUCGCCGGCCCGACCUCCGCAGCCUUCUCCCCCCCCACUCCCGCCCCUGGCUGAGCCUCGACCCUCCCGGCCGUUCCCCACCCGAAAGCAAGCUCACCUCGCCGCCAUGCGUCUCCGCCGCCUAGCGCUGUUACCCGGCGUGGCGCUGCUCCUCGCCACAGCCCGCCUCGCCGCCGCCUCCGACGUCCUGGAACUCACGGACGACAACUUCGAGAGUCGCGUCUCCGACACGGGGUCUGCCGGCCUCAUGCUCGUCGAGUUCUUCGCCCCCUGGUGUGGACACUGCAAGAGGCUCGCCCCUGAGUACGAGGCUGCAGCUACUAGAUUAAAAGGAAUAGUCCCACUAGCAAAGGUUGACUGCACUGCCAACACAAACACCUGUAACAAGUAUGGAGUCAGUGGAUAUCCAACACUGAAGAUAUUUAGAGAUGGUGAAGAGGCAGGUGCUUAUGAUGGGCCUAGGACCGCUGAUGGAAUUGUCAGCCACUUGAAGAAACAGGCAGGACCAGCUUCCGUGCCUCUCAGGACUGAGGAAGAAUUUAAGAAGUUCAUUAGUGAUAAAGAUGCUGCUGUGGUGGGUUUCUUCAAGGAUUUGUUCAGUGAUGCUCACUCCGAGUUCCUUAAAGCGGCUAGCAACUUGAGGGAUAAGUACCGAUUUGCGCACACCAAUGUGGAGUCUCUGGUGAAGGAGUAUGAUGAGGAUGGAGAGGGCAUCACCUUGUUUCGUCCCUCACAUCUGAAUAACAAGUUUGAGGACAAGACUGUGGCAUACACAGAACAGAAGAUGACCACUGGCAAGAUUAAAAAGUUUAUCCAAGAAAACAUUUUUGGUAUCUGUCCUCACAUGACAGAAGACAAUAAAGAUUUGAUCCAAGGCAAGGAUUUACUUACUGCUUACUAUGAUGUGGACUAUGAAAAGAAUACUAAAGGAUCUAACUACUGGAGAAACAGAGUAAUGAUGGUGGCAAAGAAGUUCCUGGAUGCUGGACACAAACUCAACUUUGCUGUAGCUAGCCGUAAAACCUUUAACCAUGAACUGUCUGAAUUUGGUUUGGAAAGCAGUACUGGAGAGAUUCCUGUUGUUGCUAUCAGAACGGCUAAAGGAGAAAAAUUUGUCAUGCAGGAGGAGUUCUCGCGUGAUGGCAAGGCUCUGGAGAGGUUCCUGCAAGAUUACUUUGAUGGCAGUCUGAAGAGGUACCUGAAGUCUGAGCCCAUCCCUGAGAGCAACGACGGGCCUGUGAAGGUAGUUGUAGCAGAGAAUUUUGAUGAAAUAGUGAAUAAUGAAAAUAAAGAUGUCCUGAUUGAGUUCUAUGCUCCUUGGUGUGGUCACUGUAAGAAUCUGGAGCCCAAGUAUAAAGAACUGGGAGAGAAGCUCAGCAAAGACCCAAAUAUUGUCAUCGCAAAGAUGGAUGCCACAGCCAAUGAUGUGCCUUCUCCGUAUGAAGUCAGAGGUUUUCCUACCAUCUACUUCUCUCCAGCCAACAAGAAGCAAAAUCCAAAGAAAUAUGAAGGUGGCCGUGAAUUAAGUGACUUUAUUAGCUAUCUACAGCGAGAGGCUACAAAUCCCCCUAUAAUUCAAGAUGAGAAACCCAAGAAGAAGAAGAAGGCUCAGGAGGAUCUCUAAAGCAGCAGCCAAAUACACACUUUAUAAAAGGACUCUUCUACCAGACAUGGGAAACCUAUUGGGGAAGACUGGGACUCGUGUGGGAUUACUACCUCUCCGGCCUGAGAGGACAGAAUGGAUGUAAUCUGAAUCCUGUUCAAUUUUCUCUAAACUUUCUUAGCUGCACUGUUUAUGAAAAUACCAGGACCAGUCCAUGUUUGUGGUUUGGGGGGAAAUUAUUUGUGUUGGGAAGAAAGUUGUGGGGGUGGGGAGGAAAUUAAGUUGGGGGGUUAUUUUCUAAUUUUUUUUGUACAUUUGGAACAGUGACAAUAAAUAAGCCCCCUUUAAAUUGUC